AUGGCGAGACUUAAUAGACGAUCCGGGGGCCGCACCGCGAGUGCGACGACUUCCGACGAGAUUGCAGUUGCCACCAAACCAACGAACUCGCGCACUCCCGCGCCUCGAAGCCGCACCCGCCGAGUUGCCACCCCAAAGCGAACCCCAGUCGUGCCCGACUCUACCGAUUCAGACGACGAGAUCGUUGUGCGACCUGCUAUGAGCUCGCGACGCAUUGUUCGAGGUGUCGCACUCGCACCAAUCGAUCCAAUGGCCCGCGACACUUUCCAAAAGCCUGCGGGCAAGACCAAGACCAAGAGUCCGACCGAUUCGUCGCUUUCCUCUAUCGCCAACACUUCGCGCGAUUCAUCUGCCGAGUAUGAGACGCCAGGAACAACGCCAGCUACGUCUACUCGAGGAGCAGCUUCAGGCUCGAAGCGCAAGCGGUCGACGCUUGGACAACAUGUGCUGCAGAUUGACCACCCAGAGGAUGUAGAAGAAGAUGAGGACGAUGAGACGUUGGCUAUGCGAUUGCAAGAGGAGGAGUACACUCGUGGAGGUGCAGAGCCGGUAAAGAAGCGAGCGAAGAUCGCCAUCUCAGACUCAGAGGAUGAGAGCGAGCUCAGCGAGGCUGCGUCUUUGUCUUCUAUGGAGUCCAUGGUCAAACCAUCUUCGAGCAAGAAGCAGCCGGCGAAGUCCUCCAAAGCUAAGGGCAAGGCUCCAGCCAAGGCUCCGGUUCGUGGCAAGAAGACGAAGCUUCCCUCUCGUGCGGCACGCAACAGUGGCAAGAAACUCAAGGUUGAAGACAGCGAAUUGUCCGACCUGGAGGAGGUCAAUGAUGGAGACAGCGAAGAUGAGUUCGUCGUCGAAGAUUCUGACGCAGUCUCGACUGGUGUUAGUGACACUGAGUCUGACAUACCUUUGGCAUCCAUUCGACCCGUAUCCCGGACGCCCCUUACUGCCCCGAAGCGUCGCCGACCUGCGCUCUCCAACCGUCGCAACCGCCGUCAUGGCAACAUCAGGGCCGAGGACGCUCACGAGAUUGACGAUGCACUCCGACAUUCGCUGCUCAGCCGCAAAGAGAAAGAGCGGCGGAAGCUCGAGAAAGCUCAUCCGUCGAUCAAGACCAUGUGGAAGGAUCUCGAAAUGAUUCCAGUCAUCAAGCCCGUGGCUGCCUCACAGCCUGAUAGCAUCAACCGUAGGCUCAAGCCAUUCCAGCUUGAAGGUCUGGAUUGGAUGGUCAAGCAGGAGCAGACCCAGUACAAGGGUGGUCUUCUUGGAGAUGAGAUGGGCAUGGGAAAGACGAUCCAGGCUGUCUCGCUCAUCAUGUCCGACUACCCGCAGAAGGACCCUACACUGGUUGUCGUUCCACCUGUCGCUCUGCUUCAAUGGUCGUCGGAGAUCACAGAGUAUACUGAUGGAAAGCUCAAAGUCUUGGUCUACCAUGGUCAGAACAGCAAGAUCAAGGGCAUGAAGGUCAAGGAUUUGAAAAAGUACGAUGUCAUCAUGAUAUCUUACAACAGCUUGGAGUCACUUCACCGCAAGGAGACGAAAGGCUGGAGCCGCGGUGAGGAUCUCGUUCUCGAGGACUCGCCCAUCCAUGCGAUCCACUUCCACCGCCUGAUCCUCGACGAGGCGCACAGCAUCAAGUCUCGAACUACCGGAGUCGCCAAGGCCUGUUUCGCAUUGACGGGUACUUACAAAUGGUGUUUGUCCGGUACUCCUGUACAAAACCGAAUCGGCGAGUUCUUCUCGCUGCUUCGUUUCCUCGAGGUGCGUCCAUUUGCAGACUACUACUGCAAGAAGUGCCCUUGUGCGAUGCUUCAUUGGGCGCUCGACGACGAUCACAUGUGCAAACACUGCAAGCACUCUGGAAUGGAACACGUGAGUCUCUUCAACCAGGAGCUUCUCAACCCCAUGACCCAAUCCGAGGACCCCGAGGAUCGUGCCAAGGCAAUGGACAAGCUUCAUAUGAUCACAGCCCGCAUCAUGCUCCGUCGUAUGAAGCGCGACCAUGUCAGCUCGAUGGAGCUUCCUCCCAAGGAGGUCAUUAUCCACAAUGAGUUCUUCGGCGAGAUCGAGCGUGAUUUCUCGAGCAGCAUCAUGUCCAACACUACUCGAACGUUCGACACUUACGUCGCUCGCGGUGUUAUGCUGAACAACUAUGCCAACAUCUUCGGCUUGAUCAUGCAAAUGCGUCAAGUGUCUAAUCACCCCGAUCUCAUCCUCAAGAAGCACGCUCAGGAAGGCCAGAACGUUCUGGUUUGUAACAUCUGCGACGAGGUGGCUGAGGAGGCUGUCCGAUCACAGUGCAAACACGACUUCUGCCGCGCCUGCGUCAAGACCUACGUCCAGUCUGUCGAGGAUACUGGUGGAGAGGCCGACUGCCCGAGAUGCCACAUCCCGUUGUCAAUCGACUUCGACCAGCCCGAGAUUGAGCAAGACGAGGAGGUCGUCAAGAAGUCCUCCAUCAUCAACAGAAUCAAGAUGGAGGAUUGGACCAGCUCGACCAAGAUCGAGAUGCUGGUGUACGACCUCUACAAGCUUCGGUCCAAGAAGCAAACCCUCAAGUCGAUCGUCUUCUCGCAGUUCACGUCCAUGCUCCAGCUCAUCGAGUGGCGUCUGCGACGUGCUGGAUUCAACACUGUCAUGCUUGAUGGAUCUAUGACGCCUACUCAGCGUCAAAAGAGUAUCGAGCAUUUCAUGACGAACCCAGACUGCGAGGUCUUCCUGGUGUCGCUGAAGGCUGGAGGUGUCGCCUUGAACCUGACGGAGGCUUCGCGAGUCUUCAUCGUCGACCCCUGGUGGAACCCCGCCGCAGAGUGGCAGUCCGCUGAUCGUUGCCAUCGUAUCGGUCAGAAGCGCCCUUGCGUUAUCACUCGACUGUGCAUCGAAGACUCGGUCGAAUCUCGUAUCGUCAUGCUUCAGGAGAAGAAGGCGAAUAUGAUCAACUCGACCAUUAACUCCGACAAGGCCGCUAUGGAGAAGCUCACGCCCGAGGACAUGCAGUUCCUUUUCCGCGGUACCUAA